UAAAGGCUUGUUUACUUCUGUUUAAAUGCAGAUAUGUCGGGGAGCACAGACGGCAGCUGCAGCCGCCCCAGCUUCGCAAGCAGCACCACGUAUCAAGAAAUUUGCAAUCUACAGGUGGGAUCCCGAUAAGCCCGGGGACAAGCCUCGCAUGCAGACUUAUGAAGUGGAUUUGAAUAAAUGUGGGCCUAUGGUACUUGAUGCUCUGAUCAAGAUAAAAAAUGAGUUGGACUCCACUCUGACCUUCCGCAGAUCGUGUCGGGAAGGCAUCUGUGGUUCUUGUGCUAUGAACAUUGCUGGAGGAAACACACUGGCCUGCACCAAAAAAAUUGACACUGAUCUCAGCAAGAUCACUAAAAUCUACCCUCUCCCCCACAUGUAUGUGGUGAAGGAUCUUGUUCCAGACUUGAACAACUUCUAUGCACAGUAUAAAUCCAUUGAGCCUUACCUGAAAAAGAAGGAUGAGUCGAAACAGGGCAAGGCGCAGUACCUGCAGUCCAUAGAAGACCGUCAGAAACUGGACGGACUCUACGAGUGCAUUCUGUGUGCCUGCUGCAGCACCAGCUGUCCCAGUUACUGGUGGAACGGGGACAAGUACCUGGGCCCUGCGGUACUGAUGCAGGCCUACCGCUGGAUGAUUGACUCCAGAGAUGACUACACAGAGGAACGCCUGGCACAACUUCAGGACCCGUUUUCUCUCUACCGUUGUCAUACCAUCAUGAACUGCACAAGGACUUGCCCUAAGGGUCUGAACCCUGGCAAAGCAAUUGCUGAAAUCAAGAAAAUGAUGGCGACGUACAAAGAGAAGGCAGCCACUGCGUAACGCUCU